AUGGGCCAACUCACCGAGAGCCAGCUCGUCGCCAUCAGCAUCAUGGAGCGCGCGUGCUCGGCCGUCUCGCUCCUGGGCUGCCUCUUCACCAUCGCAACCUUCACAUGCUUCCGCACGUUCCGAGCGAAGCCCGUCAACCGGCUCGUCUUUUACGCCUCGUUCGGCAACAUGGCCAGCAACAUUGGCACCCUGAUGUCUCGCGCGUUCCUCGACGACCUCGAGUCGUUUGGAUGCCAGUUCCAGGCCAUGUUGGCUCAGUGGUUCAUGGCUGCAGAUGCCGGCUGGAUACUCGCCAUGGCCAUCAACGUCUACCUGACGGUGUACCACAAGUAUGACAUGAAGCGCCUGCACAGGAUGGAACUCAUCUACCUCCCGGCCUGCUACGGCAUCCCCUUCAUCCCCGCAUUCACAUACCUCUUCGUCCGGCGCAACGGCAAGCGCGUCUACGGAGAUGCCGUCCUGUGGUGCUGGGUUGCCGCCGACUUUGAAGGCCUCCGCAUCGCCACCUUUUAUGGCCCCAUCUGGGCCAUGAUCCUCGUCACCUUCUCCAUCUACAUUGCCACGGCCCGCACGAUUUUCAAGAUCCGCAAACAAGUCCACGACCUCAGCUCCGACUACGACCUUGCGUCGUGCACCAGCGCCGAGCUUCCGACGGUCAACGUCACCAGGGCUACCACACCGCGUCGAGGCUUUGGCUCGCAGCAGGGCUUCUCCCGGCGCCGGAGCUACGAGCACAAAAACGCCGCCUGGUCCUAUACCAAGUGUGCUCUGCUCUAUUUCACGGUUAUCCUCGUCACUUGGAUCCCAGCUAGUGCGAACCGAGUCUAUUCGCUGGCGCACGACGGCCACGCCUCCGUCCCCGUCGCCUUCAUGAGUGCCUUUGUGCUGCCCCUGCAGGGUUUCUGGAACUGGAUCAUUUACGUCUUCAUGUCGUGGACGGCGUGUAAAACGCUGAUGCAGGACAUCAAGGCCAAAUUUUCGCCUGUUAGAAAAAUACCUUGGCCUGUUAAAAAGGUACCUUCGAACCGGAGCCGACCAGAUACCGGCCCAGGUACCUGCUAG